AAACCUCCAAACGAAAACCCUUAUUCACUCUUCUCAUUCCAAAUCUUAAUCCAAUUUUCUUAUUCAAUAAUUAUCUUCUCUCUUAUAUGUGCGCUCCUUCGCAUCGCUAACUGAGGGAGAGAGUGUUGAGUGAAAGCAACUGAGAAGGAAAAAGUGUUUAGAAAACAUCGUCAAGUAUAGCGAUAUAGACGAUGGAGUUCUGCCCUACAUGUGGUAACAUGCUGCAGUUUGAAUUGCCCUAUUUGGAUCGGCCUGCAAGAUUUUUUUGUUCUGCUUGUCCAUAUGUUUGCCACGUCAACAAUAGGGUCAAGAUCAAAAGAAAGCAAAGGUUGGUGAAAAAAGAAAUAGAGCCUAUAAUCUCCCCAGAUGACAUGAAGAAUGCUCCAAAAACUGAGGCGACAUGCCCAUAUUGCGGUCAUGGCGAAGCUGCUUUCAAAGAAUUUCAGACUAGAUCUGCUGAUGAGCCAGCAACUCUAUUUUAUUGUUGCUUGAAUGAUAAAUGUCAAAAACAAUGGCGCGAAGAUUGAUUUCAACCUUGUCCUAUAUAUUUUUUCUUGUCCAAGGAUAGAAAAGCUUUUGAAGUUGAUUAUAAUUGGGCUUAUAUUACAGCCAAGUGGUUUUGAAUCAUUUUAAAAAUUGACAAAUGAAGAAGUGCUACGUAUCUUAGUUAUUGCUAUUA